AUGAAGCGUCUUUUUGAAGCUGGGUUACGUCUAAAGAAGUCGAAGUGUCGCUUUAUGCAACCUACCCUCGAGUGUUUGGGUUACCGUAUCGACGAAACUGGUAUUUAUCCAGUUGAAGCCAAGGUGAAAGCAGUUCAAGAAGCACCUACACCUACCAAUGUUACCGAGUUGAAAGCAUACUUGGGAUUGCUCAAUUUCUAUGGUAAAUUCUUACCAAAUCUGUCAACUGAGUUAGAGCCACUGUACCAGCUACUUCGUAAGAAUCAGAGAUGGAAAUGGAACACAGAACAGAUUCGUGCAUUUGAACGAUCUAAGACUUUGUUACAAUCUGCAACAGUGUUAGUCCAUUAUGACCCAAACAAGAAAUUAACCGUAUCCUGUGAUGCUUCACCCUAUGGUGUUGGAGCGGUUUUAUCUCAUGAGAUGCCAGAUGGGAGUGAACGACCGAUUGCUUUUGCAUCGCGAACAUUGACAUCUGCCGAAAAGAAGUAUUCUCAGCUGGAUAAAGAAGGAUUGGCUAUGGUAUUUGCGGUCAAGAAAUUCCACCAAUUUCUAUAUGGCCGACAUUACACUAUUUACACUGAUCACAAGCCAUUACUUGGAAUUUUCAAAUGUGAGAAACCCGUACCAUUAAUGGCAUCCGGCCGAAUUCAACGAUGGGCUUUGACUUUAGCAGCGUACGAGUAUGACCUGAUAUAUCGUCCUGGUAAAGAAAACGGAAAUGCAGAUGCUCUUAGCAGACUACCUUUGAAAAUUGAGCCAAAGUCUACACCAAUACCACAAGAAGUAGUAAAUUUGGUGGACCACCUCAAUCAAAGUCCAGUGGAUGCUUUGAAGAUCAAACAGUGGACCUUGCGAGACCCCGUACUAUCACGAGUACUUAAGUUUACACUUCAAGGGUGGCCAUCGCAAGUGAAUGAUGAGAACAUUAAGCCUUACCUCACACGAAAAGACGAGAUUAGUGUUCAAGAUGGAUGUCUGUUAUGGGGAUCGCGGUAG